GGAAAAUAUAGUUAAACACGCGUUAAAUUCUUCGUUGUUUUGUUCGCAAAACCAUGAUUCUGGCUGCAUCUCUGGCAUGUCUUGUCGUGACUAAGGAGGAGAUAGUCUAACAACUUCAUGUGACAGAAAUUUUGGACCAGAAGGAUGACCUUUGGAAGAGUGGCCCAAAUAUACAUACCUAUCAGCCUGGACAUAUUAAUAUGAGUCUGUAAGCUGUCAAGUGAGUGAGACCCAAGAGCGAUGGAGCAUUCAGCAGGCUACAGCUCCGUCCAGGGAGGUGGUUUCAGCGUCACUAGCCUGGCCGAGGGGAGUGAGCCAAUCAGUGAGGCCGAGGAGAUCAAUGAGGUUCGAUAUCUCCAAGAGAAGGGUGAUAAGGCCCUCAAAACCAGCGGUUAUUCAGAUGCCUUACAGUUUUACUCAGAAGCUUUGGAAAUUGAUGAUCGGAAUACUGAUGUCCUUCUGGCACGAGCCACCACCUACAUCAAGAUGAAAAACUAUGCCCUGGCAAAGAAAGAUACAGAAAUUCUCACAGUCUUGUGCCCUGACUCUUCACAGGCUCACUUUCUCCAUGGUGUUGCGCUCAAGUACCUGAAGAAGAGCCGACAUGCCCUCAAGGAAUUCCUGACUGCCCUGGACCUGGGCCCAGAGAGAGUUGACCAGUUGACCGAUCACAUUGCAGCUACUGCUGCUAGCUUCUGCAGCAUUACACCAGACCUCAUGCAGUCACUGAAGGAAAUGGACCCGUAUAAAAAGAUGAGCGAGGUUGGCGCUUGUCUCUAUGCAGCAGGGAGGUAUUCUCUGUGUGUCAAGAUGUUGGAGGCCGCCCAGAAGUUCAGGACCAAUCAGAAAGGCAUCACCAUGAGAGUCCUGUUGACACUGGCCAAUGCACACUCAGCCCUUCAAGAUGAGGACCAAGCAAUCGGCUUGUACCAAGAGUGUUUGGCUAUAGCCUCCUCUAUUCAUGACCAGUUGUACCAGACCAAGGCAUUGGUCAAUAUAGCCACUUUGAACCUGAUCAUUGGGGACUAUCAUCAGGCCAUUGUGCACUAUGAGAAAAUGUUAGAUUUGGAGGCAGAACUUCGGGAAGAGGCCGGUGAAGGACGAGGCUUACCAGAAUUUUGGACACCUCAGUUACAGUCCGGACUCCAUUUAAACCUCAGUGUGGCGUACAAAACUAUUGGUAAUAUGACUGAUGCAAUGAAACACGCAAGAAAGUACUCUUGUCUGUUGGAGAAGAUGGGGACGACUGGCAAACAAAUGGCAGAGUCUUACUACAACACCGGCAUGCUGAGUGUGAUUUUGCAGAAUUACAAAGAAGCAGCUGAAAACUACAAGAAAUUUUUGGAGGAGUCUGAGAUAAAAGGUGACCAGAAGGGCAUUGCUCAGGCAUAUGGAUGUCUAGGGACAGUGUGUGCCUCUCUUGGAGAUUGGAAACAAGCCCUGAGAUAUCACCAGCAGGACAUCGCCAUAGCAACCAAGAUGGGCGAUAUGCGUAUGCAGACAAUGGCACAUGAAAUGUUGGGUGAUACAUUAAUGAUGAAGAAGGAUUAUGAUGAUGCAGUCAAGGCAUAUGAUGCCAUGUUGAAAUGUUGCCGUGGUAGCGAUGAUUGGCUGGAAGCCAUGGGAUAUUGUAAGACUGGAAAUGCUUACAAGGCUGCUCAGAAACAUCAGUAUAGUCUGUACUACUACCAGAGAACCAUGUCGCAGUUUACAGACCCGAAAUUCAAGCUGAUACAAAUGACAUGCAUGUACAAUAUGGCAUUAAUUCUUGUGAACUCGACACAGCUACGGGACAUGCAAGAGGCCAAAGGCUACCUGGAGAAGCUUAUCCCCCAUUUUGAAAGCAAGAUACAACAACAUCGUGAUGAAGACUCCCAUUGUGAGCCAAAUUACCACAAGCAGUUGCGAGAAUGUUGCGACGCUAUGCAAGGUGUUCUGGUGAAGCUGGGGCUCAAAGAUACAGCACUGCAGUAUGCUGAAGCCUUCCGCAAACGAACAAUCGCGGAGAUGCCAAAUUAUCAGAUAAAAUCAAAACUCCCUCGCGAAUCAUCAAGUUUUGAACUUGCUUCAAUGGACAGGCUUCUUCAGUCUGUUAGCCAACAGACUGCUUUGGUUCUGUACUUUAGCCUGUUACCUAAACAACUGUUACUAUGGGUACUAUCGCCAACUGGUGGGCUGAACAGGUUUUACUGCAGCAAAUCUGCAAAUGACGAGACCAUGGUUGAGCAGAUUUGUGCCCUGGUGGCCCAGCUGUGGAAGGGCCGUGACCAUAGACAGAUGAUGACCGGGUGUGAAAAUCGGGCGCUGCCCCACAAAAAUUCAGAAAAACCUAACUUCAUGGUGAGUGAAGAGAAAAACGAUGGGAUCCAAGGGAAGGAAAAUCAAAACAUUCCACGUAGCAAUUCAGAAGACAGUAAACCAAACUCCUGCCCUCAGCGACAAUUGUAUAACUGGCUUUUAGCACCGAUUGAAGAUAUCUUAAUGAAGUGUGAAACUGGUAGCCCUCUUGUGGUCAUUCCGGAUAAUAAUCUGAGUUGCUGCCCCUUUGGUUGCCUUCAAGACGAGUCCGGCAUAACGCUCAACCAAAAAUUCAGUGUGACCUACAUGCCCAGUAUUCUCAGCUUAGACAUUGUGGUAAAAAGUGAACAAGAUUUCCUGAAAGCUCAAGAUGAGCUCAACUUUGAGAGGUUACAGGCAAGACAUGGCAGCAUGAACAAAUACUUGACACAGUAUGUGCUUGACAACUGCAUGGUGUCUAACUCCUCCCUUGAGGACGAGCUACUCCCACCUGCCAAUCCAAAACAAGUCUCUAACCCUGGUCUGCUUCGACCAGAUAAAAACAUUGAUAGGGUGUCCACAAUGAUGACACCAAGACCACAAUCUGUCAGUAGAAUGAGCAGUGCAGGAUGUAAAAAAACUCCAGCUGACAGACAGACAUCAACCCUUCACCCACUUCCUAAGCUGACAAACAGUGUCUCCCUGAAGAGUAUUAAACCACUGGGCUCUCCCCCUGGACUGACCAAGCUCCUGUUCCAGGACACUCUGUCCACGCUGACUCCGUGGACAUCAACAGGCACGGACAUCACACGCUCACACCGCAUGAUCACCGAGUUCCAGCAGAUCAGCAAUAAGGAGAGGUGUGUCAUCAUUGGUAACCCACAAUUGCCUCAGAGCUUGAUGUUACAUGGAAAGCCUUGGCAGCCUGGUGAAGAUUUGGCGUUCGCUAAACAGGAAGUCCAGUUAGUGUCAUCCUACUUAGAUGUUGACCCACUGACAGGAAAGGAUAUGACAAAGCAGAGAUUUCUGGAAGAAAUUGCAAAGGCAACUGUUCUUCACAUAGCCACUUUUGGGUGCUGGGAUGAAGGCACCUUAGUGAUGACUCCAAAUGACCUCAGUGAAAUAGACGAGGGAUGCCCGCAGGAUUCGAUGUAUUUGGUGACCCCUGGUGACCUUUUGACUGUGCAGAUGAGAGCCCAGCUGGUUGUCCUGAACUGUGGAUGGAGUCCAUAUCGCACAGACAUUAAACACACUGAUUUUCGGCUGGCCAGUGCAUUCCUCGCAGCAGGUAGCCAGUGUGUACUGCAGACGCUGUGGGCCGUCCCUAACAGCACACUGGAGGUGUUUUACUACCACUUCUACCAGACCUUGCAGACAGGAAGUCUGAUUACUGUGGCCGUAUCCACGGCAAUCAGAGCUCUCCAGGAGGAUUCCAGAUUUUCUGACCCAUUCUUCUGGACUCCUUUUGUCCUGAUUGGUAAGGAUGUGUUUGUGAAUGUGAGGAAAAUCAGACACGCCAUGUUGGACCAAAAGUUAGACGAGACAGAAGAGGUCAUGCAGAAUUUAUGUGACCAAGAUUGGCUAAAUCCAAAAUCCAGAGUUCUCUUAGCCGUCAGCAGAGAGGAGCGUCUCCACAAACUUCAGCUGCACAUUUGCAAAGUUCUCCAGGACAAUCACAGACAACCUCAGGCCAUCCACAGCCUUAUUGACCUGCUGGAUGAAGCCUUGAAACGCCUGCAUACUGAGGAAAACAACAAGAAGACAACCCGCCUGUGCAAUGAGCUGAAUGACAGCCUGGGAGCCAUGGACAUUCUCCACUUCCUGGGAUUUCACUUCCAAGCCAAAGGCCCCUAUGUGGAGAAUCCAUAUGUGGUUUACCCACACUGGAACUUUCAGGAUCUUCUGGUUCCUACCUAUGAUGCAUUGAAAGCUUUAGCAGACAUCGUCAAGAAUCCAGCCUGUGUACAGGCUCUCUGUGACCUCUUCCCUCUGACCCAGGAAGUCAUUUCUCAUCUGAUUGACCUGUUAAGUAUAACCAAGCAUGCAUCUGAGAUACAGCUGAAAGUAUCAGAUCUGUCUGUUCGUCCACUGUGGCAGAAGACGAAGGUGAAAGCUCUCUUGCUGGCUAUGGGCUUCCAUCAGAUCGGCAUGUUGCUGGCCUUCAGUAAUGUGCCAGAUAACAGGCGUGUUCUGACAGCUGUUCUUCAGCUACUGCUGACAGUUAGCAGUCACAAGAGUCAGGUGUUACUCUACAAGCUGGAUGUCUCCUUGUUAGGCAAACCUCCAUCGCAAAAGGUUUCGGUUGGAAUGAAAUCUGGAAAACUACAAUCCCUAUGUCCUGUAAUUGUCAACAAGGGUCAGGUGAGGCUGAGUACCCCUUGGAUGACCGUGGUGGAGAAACCACAGGAGAUGACAGAGAAGAUGAAACUGGCUAAAAGUAAGCGGAUUACAGACCGGAGUUUCAGCCGUUUGCAGGAGAAAGCUCGUUCCUGGCACCAGAUGACCGUUUCAGCUCAGGGUGAUGUGGCUAUGGAUGACAUUGGACGACCCAAGACUUACCCGAGCAAAGUCAAGGUCAAACCAGGGUCAAGCUUGACCCAGGAGCGAGUACCUGUCGAUGAACAACCAAAGCUUGAUAUCCUGAUGACUGGUCAAAGACGAGAGUACGCCCAUUACAUUCUGGACCAUCGCUUACAAGAAGUGGCCAAUCAGAAUCAAGAGGAAGUCUCUAAUCUCUAUCUGCCAUAUGUACAGGCCUUGUAGAGAGUCAUUCUAAGACUAAAUCAAAAGCAUAUGAAAGACAGUGGAAUGGUUGAUAUUUACAGGUGGCUUUUGUAGACAGGACAGUGUAUGAGAGUGUUUGAUAAAAUCCGAGAUUUUUUUUAGAGAGGAAAUUGGUUUGUUGUGUAGUAGUUGUGUUUAGAGCGCCUUUUGGCUGUAUUCUUUCUAUAUUCGUAACAAAAGGACAUAUUGCAGUGAUGAAUAAUCUAUAUACAUAUUUUGCGUUCAGUAAUUUGCUGUGGAAAUUUUAUGUGAAACUUCUGAAUUUUUAGAAUUUUCAAAGGUACAUUAAUGUCUAACUCCUGCAUAUCAAUUCUUUGAUGUUCGUUCUUUCACACGUAUGCUAGUGUGUGUUAGGAGAAAAAUUAUCAAGAAAGAAGAUAAUAAAUGUGCAUCUGAUUUUACCUAAAUCCAACCUGGUAAUAUCCUGGCUAUCUGUUGUCACCUAAGUCCAUCCUGGUAAUGUCCUAUCUAUCUGUUGUCACCUAAGUCCAUCCUGGUAAUGUCCUAUCUAUCUGUUGUCACCUAAGUCCAUCCUGGUAAUGUCCUAUCUAUCUGUUGUCACCUAAGU